AUGUUAAGCUGCAAUUUGUUUGGGAUUCCUUAUUCUUUUUCUAGACUCUGUCGAAUACGAGCCUUGGGUUUCAAUGCCAUUCAAUACUACAUUCCUUGGAACUUUCAUGAGCUCUACGAAGGAAAAAUUCAUUGUCUUAGAAAGAAUCCUGCCACAGCAGCUCACUCGCAUAUUUGGCUUGAAGCCAACUUGCUUACGCUCGUGGACAGCUGA